AUGAUUUGGAUCGACAGAUUGAUCGAAAAUAUUGUUAUGAAAUUGAGAGGUGAUGAAGAAGCUGUUGAAAUCGAUGAUAGAUCGGAAAGUGUUGUUAUGGAAUCGAGAGAUGAUGAAGAAGCUGUUGAAAUCGAUGAGUUUUGCAUCUUUAACAAUGUCAAGGCAACUUCAAAUGCCACCUCGGUGGCCAAUCUCAAAGACAAAUUUCCCAAAUUGUGUGGUGGUGUCAUGGGGAAAUAUGCAGGAGGGGAACUCAAACCACCUUCUGUGGCUGUUGUUCCUGCUCUUUUACUCCCACCUCCAACAACUUCCAUGGAUGAACACCUUGUUGAAGGUCUUACAGCUUUAGAACCAUAUGCAAGGUUGUUCCAUAGGUAUUAUGCAAUUGCUAGUCCAAGUGCUACCCAAAGGCUUCUUCUUGGACUUCUAGAAGCACCUCCAUCAUGGGCCCCAGAUGCUCUUGAUGCUGUUGUUCAGCUUGUUGAGCUCCUUAGAGCUGCUGAAGAUUAUGCAUCUGGCAUGAGGCUUCCAAGAAACUGGAUGCAUUUGCAUUUCUUACGAGCAAUUGGAACCGCAAUAUCCAUGAGAGUUGGGAUUGCUGCAGAUGCUUUACUUUUUCAGAUACUUUCUCAACCUGGUUUGCUUUUUCCUCCUCUUACACAAACUGAAGGAGUUGAGCUUCAAGAUGAACAUCUCAAUUGCUACAAUUCAAACCCUAAAAGCAGAGAGAAAUGCCAACAACUGAAGCAACAAUAG